AUGGGGUUUCUUGAUCUCUUUGUGGUGGCAUUAAUGCCAGUUCUGAAAGUGCUCUUGAUUACUGGACUUGGUUUGUUCCUAGCACUCGAUCGCAUAGAUCUCUUGGGAGAAAAUGCAAGACACUAUGUGAACAAUCUUGUAUUCUAUCUGUUUAGUCCAGCUCUCGUGGUUAGCCAGCUUGGAGAAACAAUUACUUUCCAAAGUUUGCGUUCCUUGUGGUUUAUGCCAGUAAAUAUCCUUCUGACAUUCAUAAUUGGCUCUAUACUUGCCUGGAUUCUCAUUAAAAUCACCAAAACUCCGCCGCAUCUGCAAGGUCUUGUCAUCGGUUGCUGUUCUGCUGGAAAUUUAGGGAACUUGCUUCUUAUUAUUGUUCCUGCAGUGUGCGAGGAGUCAAAUAGCCCAUUUGGAGAUUCAACUGUCUGCUCUACUUAUGGAACAACUUAUGCUUCUCUUUCUAUGGCGGUUGGAGCUGUUUAUAUAUGGACCUAUGUGUAUAUUAUCAUGCGGAUAUAUGCUGAUAAGGGUGCUGAUUCUGAAGAUACUGAUAUAAAUGAAUCCAUAACAGAUUCUGAGAGUUACAAAGAAGCAUUACUUCCUUCAAGCAAAAACUCUGGCUCCAGAGCCUAUUCUGAUGAAGAUGAACUUCCUCGAACUAUCUCUGGGGGAAAAUUGAAAAUUAAGGAGAAGAUUCUUCAGUCUGUUAAGAAAUUUACAGCGAAGAUCAACCUGAAGAUGGUGUUUGCACCGGCUACAAUCGCAGCGAUAUGUGGGUUCAUAAUCGGCACAGUCUCUCCAAUCCGAAAGCUGAUGAUCGGCGACAGUGCUCCUCUUCGCGUGAUUGAUAGUUCUGCAUCUUUGCUGGGAGAGACAACAAUUCCAUGCAUGACCCUGAUAGUAGGAUCCAACCUUCUUAGAGGUUUAAGAAAAUCAGAAGUAAGCGCAUCAGUCAUUGCAGGGAUUGUAGCAGUGAGAAAUAUUUUCUUGCCAAUAAUUGGCAUUGGUGUUGUCAAAGCAGCACACCAUUUUGGCAUGGUUGAAUCAGACUCUUUGUAUCAGUUUAUUCUUUUGCUUCAAUUUGCACUUCCACCUGCAAUGACCAUAGGGAUUAUUGCACAGCUUUUCGGGGCUGGAGAAGGUGAAUGUUCAGUCAUUAUGCUGUGGAGCUAUGUUGUGUCUGCAUUGUCUCUUACCUUUUGGUCAACCUUCUACAUGUGGCUGUUGCAGUAA